AUGCAUCGUGAAGAAAUUGGGAAUAGGACAUGGUUUUUGCUGAUGUUGGGUCUUUGUUUGCAUCAGGUCCGUUACGCUGCUCAGGACAUUCCGGCCGCAAAGAGCGCCCGCGCCCGGGGCUCUUACCUGCGUGUCAGCUUCAAGAACACCCGUGAGACCGCCCAGGCCAUCAACGGCAUGAAGCUGCAGCGCGCCCUUACCUUCCUCGAGAACGUCAAGACCAAGACCGAGGUCGUUCCCUUCCGGCGGUACGCUGGCAGCAUUGGUCGCACCGCUCAGGGCAAGCAGUGGGGUGUCAGCAAGGCUCGCUGGCCCGUCAAGUCCGCUCAGUUCCUCCUCGACCUUCUGAAGAACGCUGAGGCCAACGCCGACACCAAGGGUCUCGACACCGGCAACCUCAUUGUUAAGCACAUCCAGGUCAACCAGGCUCCCAAGGGCCGGAGACGCACCUACCGUGCUCACGGUCGUAUCAACCCCUACAUGACCAACCCCUGCCACAUCGAGCUCAUCCUUACCGAGGGUGAGGAGACCGUCCAGAAGGCUUCCCAGGUCGUCAAGAAGGAGGGUGUCCACCUCAGCUCCCGCCAGCGUGGUACUCAGAUCCGCCGUGCCCUCAUUGAGGCAUAA